AUGUUUUGCAUCUCUCUCCGCAGCAACGGGCCCUCCGACUUCGUCCCUUACGUCCGCAUCAUCGCGGGCCUUCCCGCCGUCGCCGGUGAACAACGCCUUAGUCCAAAUGACACCGACCGCGGCAGCUGUUCGUCUUCUGUCGGCUUCGCUUCGACCGACACUGACCACGGCGAAGAAAGACACUUCCCUUUCAUGCCCGUGACACGAGUGGACUACGAUGAAGAGCCCCGCGCCCGUUCGUCGAAACCAGAGGAAACGUGGCCUGGCCGUGCUCCGUCGGAUGGUGGUUCUGGUGUUCACGAGCGCUGGCAAUCCCUCUCCACUGACGCGGAAGGCCUGAGGGAAGUCGUCCACGCGUUGAAGCUUCGGUUGUCCAGGUAUCCCACGGCGGAUCCGCUCGGCCUCGCUGAUGACGGUGGCGAAGUGAUCGGCGACGGCAGUGGUGGGGAUUCCGAAGAGAGUGAAGGCCGCGCGGCGUCCGAUGAUAGCCACCGCAAGGUUCCUUCCUGUACGACGGAGGUGUUUUUGGACAGCGAGAAGCACCUGCUGGGGGAGCUCCACGAUUACCUCGCGGCGUUUCUUCCUCCCGCCGUUGACGUCUUGGCCGUACCCCACGGAGGCGUUACCCAAAACAAUGAAAGCAGGAGCGAUGGCAGGACCCCCAACAUGAAGUCGUCAGCAGAAACUGGAACGGGAGAACACGGCUGA